UGAAGUACUCUAAAAACUAGCAAAUCAGUUUUCGAAGUUCGAGUGUGUAAUUUAAGUGCGGACCGCGAACCAGAAAGGAUACACGCACGGAAAUGAGGACGUACCUCUUGGCUCUGGCAGUUGUUACUGCUUUGGCUGCCAUCUCAUCUGCGGCAGAUGAGGAAUGUGUGCAACGCAAAUUGCGUGGCCUAGCCCUACACUGGCCCAACCCCAGGGACUGUUAUUCGUUCUACCGCUGUACCAACAAAGAUGUUAAACGGGAAAUUGCCUGCCCGGCUGGUCGGCAGUAUAAUCGGCGCACCGGAAAAUGUGCCCCGGUGGGCAGAAAAGUUUGCAGGCUAAGUUUAUUGGCUCCACUGCAGGAGGCCGACAAUCCAUGUUCGGGUGAAAUAUCCGGUACAUAUUUGGCCGAUCCCAAGAGUUGCCGCAGCUUUAACAUUUGCAAUGCCAAUCUGGCCUAUCCACAGACCUGCAAUCCGGGCAGCUAUUUCGAUAGCGCCAAAUCAGCUUGUGUGCCGGAUACGGACACCACAUGUUGGGAAAAUCUCUGUUUAUCCAAGGCAAAUGGUGUGUAUGUGGCAAAUGAAAACGAUUGUUAUGGUUUCUAUGUUUGUGCGGAUAAAACGGCCGUGAAACAGGCGUGUCCAAGCGGCAGCUACUUCAAUAAAGAUUCUUUGAAUUGUGUUCCCGGUGUGUGCCCAUCGGAUGUGGUUGUAACCACACCAUGUCCGGAAGUAACCACUACGACCAAACCAGCAGUUGUAACAACGCCAUGUGCAGGUCAAACCACCACAACCAAAGUUGUAGAAACAACAACAUCCUGUUCGGAAAAGACAACAACGCCAACGGUUGUAGAAACAACAACAUCCUGUUCGGAAAAGACAACAACACCAAAGGUAGUGGAAACGACAACAUCCUGUUCGGAAAAGACAACAACACCAAAGGUUGUUGAAACGACGACUUCCUGCUCCGAAAAGACAACAACACCAAAGGUAGUGGAAACGACCACUUCCUGCUCCGAAAAGACAACAACACCAAAGGUUGUUGAAACGACGACUUCCAGCUCCGAAAAGACAACAACGCCAAAUGUUGUAGAAACGACAACACCAAAGGUAGUGGAAACGACAACUUCCUGCUCUGAAAAGACAACAACACCAAAGGUUGUAGAAACGACAACACCAAAGGUAGUUGAAACGACAACAUCCUGCUCUGAAAAGACAACAACGCCAAAGGUUGUAGAAACGACAACAACGCCAAAGGUUGUAGAAACGACAACACCAAAGGUAGUGGAAACGACAACUUCCUGCUCCGAAAAGACAACAACACCAAAGGUUGUAGAAACGACAACACCGAAGGCUGUUGAAACGACAACUUCCUGCUCCGAAAAGACAACAACACCAAAGGUUGUAGAAACGACAACACCAAAGGUUGUGGAAACGACAACUUCCUGCUCUGAAAAGACAACAACGCCAAAGGUUGUAGAAACGACAACACCAAAGGUAGUGGAAACGACAACUUCCUGCUCCGAAAAGACAACAACACCACAAGUUGUAGAAACGACAACUCCAAAGGUUGUUGAAACGACAACUUCUUGCUCCGAAAAGACAACAACACCAAAGGUUGUAGAAACGACAACUCCAAAGGUUGUAGAAACGACAACAUCCUGCUCCGAAAAGACAACAACGCCAAAGGUUGUAGAAACUACAACACCAAAGGUAGUGGAAACGACAACUUCCUGCUCCGAAAAGACAACAACACCAAAGGUUGUAGAAACGACAACUCCAAAGGUUGUAGAAACGACAACUCCAAAGGUCGUAGAAACGACAACAUCCUGCUCCGAAAAGACAACAACGCCAAAGGUUGUAGAAACGACAACACCAAAGGCUGUUGAAACGACAACAUCCUGCUCUGAAAAGACAACAACGCCAAAGGUUGUAGAAACUACAACACCAAAGGUUGUAGAAACGACAACACCAAAGGCUGUUGAAACGACAACAACCUGCUCUGAAAAGACAACAACGCCAAAGGUUGUAGAAACUACAACACCAAAGGUAGUGGAAACGACAACUUCCUGCUCCGAAAAGACAACAACACCAAAGGUUGUAGAAACAACAACACCAAAGGUAGUGGAGACGACAACUUCCUGCUCCGAAAAGACAACAACACCAAAGGUUGUAGAAACGACAACACCAAAGGCUGUUGAAACGACAACAUCCUGCUCCGAAAUGACAACAACUCCAAAGGUUGUAGAAACGACAACUCCAAAGGUCGUAGAAACGACAACAUCCUGCUCCGAAAAGACAACAACACCACAGGUUGUAGAAACGACAACACCAAAGGUUGUAGAAACGACAACACCAAAGGUUGUGGAAACGACAACUUCCUGCUCUGAAAAGACAACAACACCAAAGGUUGUAGAAACUACAACACCAAAGGUAGUGGAAACGACAACUUCCUGCUCCGAAAAGACAACAACUCCAAAGGUUGUAGAAACGACAACUCCAAAGGUCGUAGAAACGACAACAUCCUGCUCCGAAAAGACAACAACGCCAAAGGUUGUAGAAACGACAACUCCAAAGGUUGUAGAAACGACAACACCUAAGGUAGUGGAAACGACAACUUCCUGCUCCGAAAAGACAACAACACCAAAGGUUGUAGAAACUACAACACCAAAGGUAGUGGAGACGACAACUUCCUGCUCCGAAAAGACAACAACACCAAAGGUUGUAGAAACGACAACACCAAAGGUUGUUGAAACGACAACACCAAAGGUUGUAGAAACGACAACACCCUGCAUACAAGGAGAUUGUUCAGCUAACAAUUGCGAUCAAACAAGCUGCUUGAAUGCCGAGAACCACAUCGCUUUCCCAGCCAAAAACGACAAAACCCAAUACUGUGUUUGCAUGAAUAAGCAAGCCAUUUGCCGUGUCUGUCCGGAGGGUAGUGAAUUCGAUAGCCAAAUCAAUGUUUGUAAGCCAAUUGUAGUAACGACUACACCCUGUCCAACGACUACACUAGCCACAACCACCGCCUCAGUUGUAGUGACAACCACACCCUGUUUACAGGGGGAUUGUUCGGCCAACAAUUGCGAUCAAACAAGCUGCUUGAAUGCCGAGAAUCACAUCGCUUUCCCAGCCAAAAACGAUAAAACUCAAUACUGUGUUUGCAUGAAUAAGCAAGCCAUUUGCCGUGUCUGUCCGGAGGGUAGUGAAUUCAAUGGGCAACUAAAUGUUUGCAUGCCUAAAGAGCUAACAACCGCAUGUCCCGAGGCCGCCAAACACGCAUCGGUUAAAUGCGCCGGUGGCUACGAAGAAGGUGAUCUAAUUAUGCAUCCCAAAAACCGUCAACUAUUCUACAUCUGCUUCGAUGGUAAAUUCUUUGAAACCAGCUGCGGUGAAGGUAACUACUACAAUGCCGAAGAAAAGAGUUGCAUGCCCGAUUAUGAGCCCAAGCAGUCGCGUUCCAAACGCAGUGUUAUGAAGCACGAAGAACAUAUCUGUCCCGGUGGUCUGCAAAAUUUCGAAAGUGUUGCUCAUCCAUUGGAUUGCAACAGAAAAUUGGUGUGUCGCGACGGUCGCAUGAUAGAAGAAUCCUGUGAGCGCGGUUACUAUUUCAAUGAGGCAGUCAAAGCCUGUAUUAAGGAUGUGAACAAUAUCUGCCCAUUAUCUUCGAGGGCGGCCUCUACCACAUGUGUGGAUGGCACAUUCAAGGUCAACGACAAAGAUUGCACAGCCUACUUCAGAUGCUGCACCAAUACCUGGAAAGAAGCCAACUGUGCCGAAGGAGAAUAUUUCAAUCCGAAAAAAUUGCAGUGCGAGAAGGAUGAAAAGUAUUAUUGUCUGCCCCCACCUGUCGUUCCUUGUGUAGAAGGCAAACAAUAUCAAGAUCCGGCAAACUGCUCAGCAUACUUCCUAUGCUGUAGUGGUGAGCUGGUGUCAAAAUCUUGUGAAACAGGAUACUAUUUCAAUGGUAAAGAAUGCGAAUUGGACGUCAAUAACCAGUGCUGGCCUAAAGAGGUAGAACCAAUCUGUGUCGAAAAUGCUCAGAAGCCCGGUACCAACUGCUCCUCUUACUAUCGUUGUUGCGGCAAUGAUUGGGUCGAAGAAUUCUGCGACGAAAAUUACUACUACGACGAGAAGAAGGAUAAAUGUCUAGCCGAUACCAAUAACGUCUGCUGGCCUAAAGUGGUAGAACCAAACUGCGUCGAAAAUGCUCAGAAGCCCGGUACCAACUGCUCCUCUUACCUCCGUUGUUGCGGCAAUGAUUGGGUCGAAGAAUUCUGCGACGAAAAUUACUACUACGACGAGAAGAAGGAUAAAUGUCUAGCCGAUACCAAUAACGUCUGCUGGCCUAAGGUGGUAGAACCAAACUGCGUCGAAAAUGAGCAGAAGCCCGGUACGAACUGCUCCUCUUACUAUCGUUGUUGCGGCAAUGAUUGGGUCGAAGAAUUCUGCGACGAAAAUUACUACUACGACGAGAAGAAGGAUAAAUGUCUAGCCGAUACCAAUAACGUCUGCUGGCCUAAGGUGGUAGAACCAAACUGCGUCGAAAAUGAGCAGAAGCCCGGUACGAACUGCUCCUCUUACUAUCGUUGUUGCGGCAAUGAUUGGGUCGAAGAAUUCUGCGACGAAAAUUACUACUACGACGAGAAGAAGGAUAAAUGUCUAGCCGAUACCAAUAACGUCUGCUGGCCUAAAGUGGUAGAACCAAACUGCGUCGAAAAUGCUCAGAAGCCCGGUACCAACUGCUCCUCUUACCUCCGUUGUUGCGGCAAUGAUUGGGUCGAAGAAUUCUGCGACGAAAAUUACUACUACGACGAGAAGAAGGAUAAAUGUCUAGCCGAUACCAAUAACGUCUGCUGGCCUAAGGUGGUAGAACCAAACUGCGUCGAAAAUGAGCAGAAGCCCGGUACGAACUGCUCCUCUUACUAUCGUUGUUGCGGCAAUGAUUGGGUCGAAGAAUUCUGCGACGAAAAUUACUACUACGACGAGAAGAAGGAUAAAUGUCUAGCCGAUACCAAUAACGUCUGCUGGCCUAAGGUGGUAGAACCAAACUGCGUCGAAAAUGAGCAGAAGCCCGGUACGAACUGCUCCUCUUACUACCGUUGUUGCGGCAAUGAUUGGGUCGAAGAAUUCUGCGACGAAAAUUACUACUACGACGAGAAAAAGGAUAAAUGUCUAGCCGAUACCAAUAACGUCUGCUGGCCUAAGGUGGUAGAACCAAACUGCGUCGAAAAUGAGCAGAAGCCCGGUACGAACUGCUCCUCUUACUAUCGUUGUUGCGGCAAUGAUUGGGUCGAAGAAUUCUGCGACGAAAAUUACUACUACGACGAGAAGAAGGAUAAAUGUCUAGCCGAUACCAAUAACGUCUGCUGGCCUAAAGUGGUAGAACCAAACUGCGUCGAAAAUGCUCAGAAGCCCGGUACCAACUGCUCCUCUUACCUCCGUUGUUGCGGCAAUGAUUGGGUCGAAGAAUUCUGCGACGAAAAUUACUACUACGACGAGAAGAAGGAUAAAUGUCUAGCCGAUACCAAUAACGUCUGCUGGCCUAAGGUGGUAGAACCAAACUGCGUCGAAAAUGAGCAGAAGCCCGGUACGAACUGCUCCUCUUACUACCGUUGUUGCGGCAAUGAUUGGGUCGAAGAAUUCUGCGACGAAAAUUACUACUACGACGAGAAAAAGGAUAAAUGUCUAGCCGAUACCAAUAACGUCUGCUGGCCUAAGGUGGUAGAACCAAACUGCGUCGAAAAUGAGCAGAAGCCCGGUACGAACUGCUCCUCUUACUAUCGUUGUUGCGGCAAUGAUUGGGUCGAAGAAUUCUGCGACGAAAAUUACUACUACGACGAGAAGAAGGAUAAAUGUCUAGCCGAUACCAAUAACGUCUGCUGGCCUAAAGUGGUAGAACCAAACUGCGUCGAAAAUGCUCAGAAGCCCGGUACCAACUGCUCCUCUUACCUCCGUUGUUGCGGCAAUGAUUGGGUCGAAGAAUUCUGCGACGAAAAUUACUACUACGACGAGAAGAAGGAUAAAUGUCUAGCCGAUACCAAUAACGUCUGCUGGCCUAAGGUGGUAGAACCAAACUGCGUCGAAAAUGAGCAGAAGCCCGGUACGAACUGCUCCUCUUACUAUCGUUGUUGCGGCAAUGAUUGGGUCGAAGAAUUCUGCGACGAAAAUUACUACUACGACGAGAAGAAGGAUAAAUGUCUAGCCGAUACCAAUAACGUCUGCUGGCCUAAAGUGGUAGAACCAAACUGUGUCGAAAAUGAGCAGAAGCCCGGUACGAACUGCUCCUCUUACUACCGUUGUUGCGGCAAUGAUUGGGUCGAAGAAUUCUGCGACGAAAAUUACUACUACGACGAGAAAAAGGAUAAAUGUCUAGCCGAUACCAAUAACGUCUGCUGGCCUAAGGUGGUAGAACCAAACUGCGUCGAAAAUGAGCAGAAGCCCGGUACGAACUGCUCCUCUUACUAUCGUUGUUGCGGCAAUGAUUGGGUCGAAGAAUUCUGCGACGAAAAUUACUACUACGACGAGAAGAAGGAUAAAUGUCUAGCCGAUACCAAUAACGUCUGCUGGCCUAAAGUGGUAGAACCAAACUGUGUCGAAAAUGAGCAGAAGCCCGGUACGAACUGCUCCUCUUACUACCGUUGUUGCGGCAAUGAUUGGGUCGAAGAAUUCUGCGACGAAAAUUACUACUACGACGAGAAGAAGGAUAAAUGUCUAGCCGAUACCAAUAACGUCUGCUGGCCUAAAGUGGUAGAACCAAACUGUGUCGAAAAUGAGCAGAAGCCCGGUACGAACUGCUCCUCUUACUACCGUUGUUGCGGCAAUGAUUGGGUCGAAGAAUUCUGCGACGAAAAUUACUACUACGACGAGAAAAAGGAUAAAUGUCUAGCCGAUACCAAUAACGUCUGCUGGCCUAAGGUGGUAGAACCAAACUGCGUCGAAAAUGAGCAGAAGCCCGGUACGAACUGCUCCUCUUACUAUCGUUGUUGCGGCAAUGAUUGGGUCGAAGAAUUCUGCGACGAAAAUUACUACUACGACGAGAAGAAGGAUAAAUGUCUAGCCGAUACCAAUAACGUCUGCUGGCCUAAAGUGGUAGAACCAAACUGUGUCGAAAAUGAGCAGAAGCCCGGUACGAACUGCUCCUCUUACUACCGUUGUUGCGGCAAUGAUUGGGUCGAAGAAUUCUGCGACGAAAAUUACUACUACGACGAGAAAAAGGAUAAAUGUCUAGCCGAUACCAAUAACGUCUGCUGGCCUAAGGUGGUAGAACCAAACUGCGUCGAAAAUGAGCAGAAGCCCGGUACGAACUGCUCCUCUUACUAUCGUUGUUGCGGCAAUGAUUGGGUCGAAGAAUUCUGCGACGAAAAUUACUACUACGACGAGAAGAAGGAUAAAUGUCUAGCCGAUACCAAUAACGUCUGCUGGCCUAAAGUGGUAGAACCAAACUGUGUCGAAAAUGAGCAGAAGCCCGGUACGAACUGCUCCUCUUACUACCGUUGUUGCGGCAAUGAUUGGGUCGAAGAAUUCUGCGACGAAAAUUACUACUACGACGAGAAAAAGGAUAAAUGUCUAGCCGAUACCAAUAACGUCUGCUGGCCUAAGGUGGUAGAACCAAACUGCGUCGAAAAUGAGCAGAAGCCCGGUACGAACUGCUCCUCUUACUAUCGUUGUUGCGGCAAUGAUUGGGUCGAAGAAUUCUGCGACGAAAAUUACUACUACGACGAGAAGAAGGAUAAAUGUCUAGCCGAUACCAAUAACGUCUGCUGGCCUAAAGUGGUAGAACCAAACUGCGUCGAAAAUGCUCAGAAGCCCGGUACCAACUGCUCCUCUUACCUCCGUUGUUGCGGCAAUGAUUGGGUCGAAGAAUUCUGCGACGAAAAUUACUACUACGACGAGAAGAAGGAUAAAUGUCUAGCCGAUACCAAUAACGUCUGCUGGCCUAAGGUGGUAGAACCAAACUGCGUCGAAAAUGAGCAGAAGCCCGGUACGAACUGCUCCUCUUACUAUCGUUGUUGCGGCAAUGAUUGGGUCGAAGAAUUCUGCGACGAAAAUUACUACUACGACGAGAAGAAGGAUAAAUGUCUAGCCGAUACCAAUAACGUCUGCUGGCCUAAAGUGGUAGAACCAAACUGCGUCGAAAAUGCUCAGAAGCCCGGUACCAACUGCUCCUCUUACCUCCGUUGUUGCGGCAAUGAUUGGGUCGAAGAAUUCUGCGACGAAAAUUACUACUACGACGAGAAGAAGGAUAAAUGUCUAGCCGAUACCAAUAACGUCUGCUGGCCUAAAGUGGUAGAACCAAACUGUGUCGAAAAUGAGCAGAAGCCCGGUACGAACUGCUCCUCUUACUACCGUUGUUGCGGCAAUGAUUGGGUCGAAGAAUUCUGCGACGAAAAUUACUACUACGACGAGAAAAAGGAUAAAUGUCUAGCCGAUACCAAUAACGUCUGCUGGCCUAAAGACGUUGAAACCUGUAGCGAUGGCGAAUUGAGACCUGACGAUGACAACUGUGCGGCAUAUUAUAAAUGUUGCAGCAAUGGCUGGGUAGCAGAAGUUUGUCCUGACAAUGAAUACUUUAACUGGGAAACGGAAGCAUGUGAAUUUGAUGCGGAACAUGAAUGUCGCGAAGCCGCACCUUGCAAAACUGGUGAAAAAUAUGCCGAUCCAGAAAAUUGUUCAGCCUACUAUGAAUGCUGUGGAGGUGUCUUUAAGCCACAGUACUGCGAGGCGGGUUAUCUUUACGCAAGCGCAGAGGCAGAAUGCGUGCUGGACACGAAAAACGAGUGCUGGACCGAUGAAGAAGACGACAAUGGUUGCAAUACGGACUGUCCCGGUGGUUAUAAAAAUGGUACAUUUGUGGAAGGCGAUGAUUGCGAUACCUUCUACAUUUGUGUCAAUGGCGAACUGCAGCUGCAAUCGUGCGGCUAUGGCAUGUAUUACAAUAACGUUAGUAGGUCAUGCGUCGCCGACACCGAUCGCACAUGCUGGACAAAUGUCUGUGCCGAUGAGAAAAACGGUGUCUACCUACCCGUACCCAAACACUGUAGCAUGUUCUACGAAUGCAUGAAUGGCCAAUCAAAUGCACUUUACUGUGAGGAAGGUGACUAUUUCAAUCCGGACACAUCGGCGUGUGAGCCUGACUUGAAUGCCGUUUGCUACAAUCCAUGUGCCGAGGUCGACAAGGUUAUGACUCUACCCCAUCCCAAUUGUAAUCAAUACUAUUGGUGUAAUGACAAGACAACCCUGGUGGGUACUUGUCCGCUAGGUGGUUUCAAUGCCAGUCUGGGUUCAUGUGAUGCCAGUACCAGCUGCUCGAACUACAAGUGUAACGGUGUACCGAACUAUGUGCCCUUCCCCGACGAGAAGGAUAAGACGUUGUACUAUAUUUGUAUAAAUGGUGUGGCUGUUGAAAAGCAGUGUCUGCCAAAUCAGGAAUUUAAUGGAUUUGCCUGUCAAUACGUCUCAAGUCCUGACUGUAAUGCCACAUUGUGCGAUACAUUGCAACCAUAUGAGAGCUUCCCAACAAUAAAUGGAUCUGAAACGGAAUUCUGCAUGUGCAUUAAGGGUUUGGCCCAGAAAGAAAGUUGUCCCACUGAUUAUGUUUUCAAUGAAACAAUGAAGAUGUGUGCUUCCAACAUACCAUGUAACUCUAUGAUUUGUAAAACCAACGACAAUUACUACACCUUCGCCAACAAUGAUGAUCCAGCGACAUUCUGUAUAUGUAUCAACAACGUGGCCGUGGUUGCGGAUUGUCCAGCGAAGCAGACCUAUAAUCCAUAUAUAGACGCAUGUACCGAAUUGGUGUAUUCUAGCGAUUGUGACCAGACCGUAUGCCUUAAGGAAGACGACUCAUAUACAUACGCCCCCAAAAAUGAAUCCCUCAAUGGCAUCUGUGAGUGCAAAUCCAAUGUGGGCAUCUUCGUUGAAUGUCCACCGGAUACGGUCUUUGAUUCCUUCCUGAAUAUCUGUAAAUUAAUUGAUAUCAAUUGUCAGUCGUCGAAAUGUGUCGGUGCCGAAGACAAUACCGUAUUCCCAGCCCUGACCACGGAUGAGGGCUAUUGUCAAUGCCAAAAGGGUGUGGCCGUCUAUCAGAAUUGUCUGGCCUCGGAGUCAUUCAACGAUACAGUUCUGAAGUGUGUACCAUCCUUGUGUGAUCGUUCUAAAUGCGCCGAUCAGCCCCCAAAUGUGGGAUAUCCUGCUACGGAUAAUAAAUACGGUUUUUGCAUGUGUGACGAAAGUGGCAGUUCCACAUUCCGUCCAUGUCCCAAUGACACAGAAUUCAGUAGUGUGACCAAUGCCUGUAAGGUGCCGUUACAAAACUGUGCAGACACCGAAUGUGUGGGUGUUGCCGAUAAUACCAAGGUGCCAGCCUUGUCAACAGUUCACGGUUAUUGUUUGUGCCAGGGUGGCAAGCCGACAUUCGAGGAAUGUCUCAACAAUUGGGUAUUCGAUAGUGUUUCACAAAUAUGUGAAGCUCCCAAGGUUGCGAUUGAGGAUGUCUGUGACAUGAAUUACUGCAACCUGCCUGGAAAUGCUUUGAAAAAAUAUCCAUCCUACAGCAAUAUCUAUGGCUUCUGCCAAUGUAGCGCCGCUGGACCUAGCUUUGAGUUCUGCCAAGCAGGUUAUAUCUUCAAUGAGUAUAGCCUGGUGUGUGUACCCUCCGCCGAGAGCAUGUGUGACAUUGCCCUGUGUGCCGAUGCAACGCCUGAAAGCCCCUAUGGCAUUCCAGCCAAGACCAGCAACACGGCAUUCUGCUUAUGUUCCGGUCCCGACAGCAUCAUGGUACUUAACUGUGCAGAUGGCAAAUUCUUCGACAAAACUUUGGGAUAUUGUGUCAGUAAACUCGAACAGGGUUGCGGCUGUCCAGAUGGCAUGAAGACCGGCGAUCGGGCUCCCAACGCCGAAGACUGUACCCAAUACUAUGAAUGCCAAUCGGGCAGUAUGCAAUUGAAGAGCUGUCCUGCUGGCCAAUACUUCAACACCAACACCAAUUGUUGUCUGAACAAUGAUGGCACCUGCGACGCCAACACUGCCUGUACCUGUCUGGGUCUGUAUCGCGAGGGCGAACGCAUCAUCCACCCGCAUAACAUGCAAUUGUACUUUGUCUGCGAAAAGAACAACCUUCACGAACGCAACUGUGGCUCGGGACGUAUCUUCAACAAGGCCAUUAACCAAUGCAUGCAGGCCACCCAGGCUGCCACCUUUAGCAAGCACUUUAUGCGCAAACGUUCCGCCGACAUUGAAGAAGUAAGAACUUUGAAAAAAGUAACUAAUUUUUUUAGCAGAUUUCUUUGGUAAACUUAAGAAAUAUUCCGCGGUCCAGCGCUUGGAUCACUCCACCCAUAGUAGGCCUUAAGCAUUUAUAGUAUCUCCGCUUGUUUAUUCCAAUUUCCAAUAUGCCCAUUACUUUAGAGAAAAUAAAACAAACAAAACAACGUUUGAAAAAAAA